AUGUACCGUGAGCCCGAGCAGAAGGAAAAGGAUAAUCAGGAUGAGAGAAAUGAGAAGUUUAAAAAGAUAAAGGUUGAUGGGACCUGGCGUAAUUUGGAUGACAGGAUUCCUAAUCUACAUAGGGCUAGUGAUUCAGCACCAGCCUAUGAGGGUGGCGGCUUUAGUGAAAUACUGGACAUCAUCUUUAGGACCCAUACUGAAUUCAUGGGGUCAGCAUGGUUGGCCUAUGAUGAAUCUGUUAGGAUGAGGGCGGCAGUUGAUGUGAGUUUAAAAUGGAACUGGAAGGACCAUGAGUUGUGGUUGCAGAACCUGUGCAGGGCAGUAGUGCGGACAGCAGGCAUUUGCUGGGACACCGGCAUCAGAGAUACUGAAAUAAAGAACCAGUCUGUUACUAUGGAGUUUACACUGGUCGGUCUAACUACCUCUACAGAAUUACAGACACUUCUCUUUGGGGUAUUUGCAUUCAUCUAUGCUACUGCUUUAGCUAGUAACCUCCUCCUCAUCUUUAUCAUAUGUACUUGCAGAAAACUCCACACUCCCAUGUACUUCCUGCUCAUCAAUUUGUCCUUAGUGAAUGUGUUUUCCAUCUCAGUUACAACUCCAAAAUUGCUCCAGACUCUUUGGACCCACAGAAACACAAUCUCUUUUUAUGGCUGCUUUGCACAAUUGUUUCUAUUCGUAUGGUGUUUGUCAACAGAGCUUUUUCUCCUCUCAUUUAUGGGUUUUGACCGUUAUGCUGCUAUCUGCCAUCCUUUGCAGUACACAGUCAUCAUGAAGAAGGAAGUGUGUGUUGGCAUAGCUAGUGGAGUGUGGCUUGCUGGGAUGGUCAAUUCUGCUGUAAAUGUUGGACUUAUGCUGAAGCUUUCCUUCUGCAACUCUAACGUAGUCAACCAUUUCUUCUGUGAUUUACCCCCACUUUUAAAGCUUUCAUGCUCUGACACCAGCCUGAAUGAGAUGAUGGCCUUUGUGGCAGAUGUAAUAAUUGGGGUUAGUAGCUGUGGGUUAACGCUAACAUCUUACUGCUUUAUCCUGAGAGCUAUCUUCAGGAUCCGUUCCACUGAAGGGAAGAAGAAAGCUUUCUCCACAUGUUCCUCCCAUUUCAUUGUAGUCAGUUUUUACUUCUCUACAGUCAUUUACACGUAUACAGGUAUAAGGCCCAGCUCAGACUACUCCCUAGACAAAGACAAAUUUCUUUCUCUCCUUUAUACAGUGGUACCCCCAGUUGUUAAUCCACUCAUAUAUUCUCUGAGAAACAAAGAAGUAAAAGAGGCACUCAAGGCAAUUACUAGAAGAGGCAGGCUGCUCCAGAGACCUCAAGCUUAA